AAAACUAUGGUUAGCAUUCUCCCCAUCGUCUUCCUCCUCCUCCUCCACCUCCACAUCCCUUGCUUCUCCGCCUCCCCGCGCCCCCGCCGCCGCAACUCCUCCUCCGCCCCAAAAAGCUAUAUCAUCUCCUUCUUCAAACGCCUCUUCUCCUCAUCCUCAUCCGCAUCCGCAUCCUCUAAUUUCACCCCAGUACCACCACCACCCCCGACCCGCUCUCCAUCCUCCUCCACGCGCUCCUUGCACCUCACUGUCGACGCGCAUCCGUGCUCUGCCUGCGGCGAGGUAUUCCAAUCGCCGCCCCUCCUCGAGCGUCACCUCUCCACCACCCACCUCAUCUCAGAGCUGGCCGACGGCGACGAGAACGUCGUGCGGAUCAUAUUCAAAACGGGCUGGCCCGACCCAGCCCGAAUCCCAGGCAUCCACCGGGUCCUCAAAAUCCACAACAGCCCGACGAUCACCUCCCGCUUCGAGGAGCACCGGGAGCGCGUCAAGUCACGCGCGGCCGCGGCGGGGCGGUGCGCGGCCGACGGCAACGAGCUGCUGAGGUUCCACUGCACCACCUUCGCGUGUGACGAGCUCGAGUCCGGCGUAUGCGGGCGGGUCUACUGCAGCCUGUGUGGGAUCAUCCGGAGCGGAUUCUCGCCCAAGAUGGACGGAAUCUCCACUCUGCCGACUGGCUAUACAGCACACGUGUCAAUGCCGGCGGAGAUCGAGGAGGAUUUCGAGUUCAUGAACGUCAGGCGGGCUGUGCUCGUGUGCCGGGUUGUGGCGGGUCGGGUUGCGUGCGACCCGUGGGAGGUGGAUAAGGAAGAUCCCGGGUUCGAUUCGGUGUUGGGAAAUAACGAGGAGGAUGAGAUUCUGGUUUUUAAUCCGAGGGCUGUGCUCCCCUGCUUCGUCAUAACGUUUGAUCGCUGCAAACCUUAGAUUGUUACCUUAUAUAAUUGAUUGAUGCUAUGAAACUGAUGAAUGAUAUCAAUUCUCAGGCGGUAGAUUGUUGUUCAUUUUAGAGUAAUAUCUCCGACUUAUAUUUUUACUUUUUUUUAUUUUUGUCAGGUGAAUCUAUCUGAGAUAGAUAUAUUAUCAUAGUUAAAGGCUUGUUUAAUUUA